GCAGCGUGCGGUGGCUGAGUUCGGCGAACAUAGUAGAUGUGGACUUUCAUACAUGUAGGACUUCUGUGUUGAUAUUUCAGCGACAUCUUUUUUGUGGAGCUAUUAAGGCUGGAGUUGCGCCUCAAAAGGUAAAUAAGAAUGGCCCAGGGGAUACCGGAUGAGGUGAUGAUGAAUGCUGCUCUCAUAAAAGAAUUGGCAGAUGUGGCGAAAGAUGAGGCACUUCUUCAGGGCGUGCUCAUGAGAACCAAAGAGACCCCUAACUCCUCAGAGUUGGCGACCUAUGCUCCAUUUUCACUCUUCCCCACUCCUGUUCCUAAGGCUGUAUUCCUCCAGGCUCUGGCAGUACAAACUCACUACAACACACUGGUUGACAAGAUCAGCCAGGAUGCAGACUUUCUACAGGAAGCUCUUGCUAGCACUGUUGCAGUGGAUGAUUUUACUGCAAGGUUGUUCAGGAUUCACCAACAAAUCCUAAAAGAGGGAAGGUCUCAGUCUAUUGUUUUGGGUCUUAAUCGAUCAGACUACAUGUUGGACCAGAAACAGGACGGGUCGUCAUCUUUGAAACAGAUAGAAAUCAACACAUUUGCUGCCAGUUUUGGAGGUCUGUCUUCACGCACGCCGGAUGUCCACAGACACAUUCUUAAGGUGGCUGGCAGACUGGAGGAGAGCCAGAAAAUCCUGGACAACAACCCUGCAGCUGGUCUGGCUAGAGCUGUGGCCAAAGCCUGGGAGCUGUAUGGAUCAGAAAAAGCGAUCGUCAUGUUCUUGGUUGAAGAAAGCCAAAGGAACAUCUUUGAUCAGCGAUACAUUGAGAGUGAACUCUGGAAGAGGAACAUUCCUACAAAGAGAAAGCGAUUUGAUGAUGUUUGUAAAACAGGCUCUCUUGAUCAAGACAAGAGGCUAUUUGUUGAAGGUGAAGAAGUUGCAGUGGUCUACUUUAGGAAUGGCUACAUGCCCCAGAACUACACGUCUGAACAGCACUGGGAUGCUCGACUUCUGAUGGAGCGCUCCCGGGCUGUGAAAUGUCCCGAUAUCAGCACUCAUCUGGCAGGAACCAAGAAGGUCCAGCAGGUCCUCGCCAGACCUGGAGUUCUGGAGAGGUUUUUCCCCGACCAGCCAGAAGUGGUGGAGCAGAUCAGAGCUACAUUUGCUGGCCUCUACACUCUAGACAUGGGACCAGAGGGUGACAAAACCGUAGAGAUGGCUUUGGCAGAUCCAGACCGAUUUGUCCUGAAACCUCAAAGAGAGGGAGGAGGUAACAACAUCUAUGGGUCAGAGAUCUGUAAGGUCCUGGAGGGAACAAAGGAGAGCACAGAGAGGACAGCGUAUAUCCUGAUGGAUAAGAUCCAUCCCACACCGUCAAAGAACUACCUACUCAGGCGAGACGCUCCUUUAAAAAUCAGCAACUGUCUCAGUGAACUAGGAGCGUUUGGAGCUUAUGUCAGGCAAGGUAAAGACAUGGUGAUGAACGAGUGUGUGGGUCAUCUGCUGAGAACCAAAAGUGCAGAGCAUUCGGACGGGGGCGUAGCUGCAGGCGUGGCCGUGCUGGACAAUCCUCUCCUCGUCUAACUGUUCUCUGUCCUACCUGCUGGGCUUUGAGAAACAAGUGUGCAAAAGGACAACAGUGAAAUCAAGGUGGCACUCUGAACGCACACUCGUACUCAGGCUGCUGCUGUAUGAAAUGUUGCCAAAUAGAUGCAAGCUCCACAUGCACUGAUAGUUUAGGCUCAAAAUUAUGAAGCUAUCAUUCUUCAAGGAUUCCUCCUUUUAUUUGAAAUGAUGCUCUUGAAAUAAAUCUUUGUUAUAUUG